UUGCAUUAAGCAGAAGGAUGGAAAGGGCUGGGAACUGGGGACCACAUCUGUUAUCUCAGUUCAUUCAUUCAGAUCAAAGCAAUCAGAGGACAAAGCACUAUUCCUGACUGGGAAUCAGAGUAAAAGAAUGCGUCAGUUCCGGAAGGUUCUGUGCUGCCUGUUGGCUGUGACUGUCCCUCUGGCACUUUUCUUCCUCUGCCCCUGGACCCUGAGACCUUACCAUGUGGUGGACGUGAAGUACAAACCUCUGGCCGUCCCCGGGAACCUUCUAGAACACGAGCCGUGGGCGCCUUCCGCCAAAUACGAGCACAUAUCCUUCAAAGUGAAGGGGUCGGUCGCUGGGCUCCUGGCGAGGAACGAGUGUCGCUGUGAGCCAGAGGAGCCUGUGGUCAGUCUGCCUUUCUCUGGCCGUCUCUUCCGUGGAGUGUCUGCGCGGCACUUCACACACGUCUUCAACCCCGAGGAACUGGAGGCAGUGAAGCGAAGGCGACAGGAGGAGUAUCAGCGCUUCCUACAGCGGUCCCAGUCUCCUGCGGAUGUGCUGAUCAUCGCUAAACCCAAUGCCCCCCUGGGGUACCCUACACAGGGGGUGGAAGUGCGGCCACUCAAAACCAUCGUCAUCCCAGGUCUGAGCUUACAAACCCCAUUCAUGGAACUGUACCGGGUCAACCUGACGGCCUCCCUGGGCUGUCUGGAUGUGGCGGCGGAGGUUGCGGGGGUAAAGGUCGAAGGCGAAGGUGGGACACACCUGUCUCUGUCCAGCUCCCAACUGGACAACCUGAACCGUCAACUGCAAUUCCUCACCUACACCAACACGGUCUUCCACCCCAACACGGCCGACACCGUGCAGUUUGACAGUGAGGAACACUCAGCCUCUUUCACCAUCAAAAUCCGUCAUGUCUCUGUCCCCAAGCUUUACAUCUCCGCGGAGCAAUCAGGCUAUAACAUCAGUGCGCUGGUCACCAUAGCCACCAAGACGUUCCUGAGGUAUGGGAAGCUGAGGGAGAUGAUCGACAGCGUCAGGAAAUAUUACCCCGAAGUCACCAUCAUCGUGGCCGACGACAGCGAUAAACCAGAGAGGAUCCAGGGAGCUUUCAUCGAGCAUUACAUCAUGCCGUUUGGCAAGGGCUGGUUUGCUGGACGUAACUUGGCCAUUUCCCAGGUCACAACCAAAUACCUCCUGUGGGUUGAUGAUGAUUUUAUCUUCACGACGGAGACCAGGAUUGACAAGCUGGUCGAUAUUUUAGAGAGAACCACCUUGGAUCUGGUGGGGGGGGCCGUGCGGGAGAAGACGGGGAUGACCACCACAUUCCGGCACCAGAUCAGCGUGGAGCCGGGGGGCGAGGAGGGGGAUUGUCUGCACACGUGGCCGGGUUAUUACCACACGCUGGAGGGAUUCCCACACUGUGUGGUGACCGAUGGAGUCGUCAACUUCUUCCUGGCUCGCACCGACCAGGUGCAAAGAGUGGGGUUCGACCCCCGCCUGACCAGGGUGGCUCAUUCAGAGUUCUUCAUCGACGGGCUGGGGGUGCUGCACGUGGCCUCUUGCCAUCACGUGACCGUGGAUCACGCCCCGAAGAUCAAGCUGCCCUGGUCCCAACCCGACCAGAGGGAGAAGACAUACAACGAGUUCCGUUAUCCCAAGUCCUCAGCAGCCAAUGUCAGGCUCCAGCACAGCCUGUUUUACCUGAAGAACAGGUUCCAAUGCAUGAUGAAGGGCUGACCAGAGCCCAGACCAGAGCCCAGACCAGACCAGAGCCCAGACCAGACCAGAGCCCAGACCAGACCAGCCCUUCCUUUAUAGACAACAAGACUCCAAACCGUUGACUGUUGUGUUUCACCUCAACGCUUGCAGAAGCAGAGACGAGCAGACAUUGAGUUUGCAGGACUUAUAGAGUUGGGUUUAACUGAAGCA